CUCACAAACCAUAAGCGGCUUCCGGGUUGACUCGGAACUUUUGUUUGUUUAUUUAUUCUUUACGCGAGGCGAGUGACAAAAGCGCAGCGCGGUUGUAUGUAAGUCAACAAGGCAUGAGACAUCUGCAGUCACUUAAGCGCUGGCUUUGUUUUGGUUGUGACCACUGAGCUGCAGGGACCUCUGCUGCAACCUGAGGUGAAAGAUGGCACAGUUCCUCUGAAGUUGUAGGUGACUUUUGACAUCUUGGUUACCAUGACACCAAGUAGAGGACUGUGGGGAAAAAAGUAGGAUUUCUUCCCCUUCCCUCAAAAACUACUAAUGACCAUGGCUGGGACUUGCCCAGUGUGCUAACAUCAUGGGGAGUUGCUGUAGCUGCCCAUGUAGAGACAGUGUUCCAGAUAACCACCCCACCAAGUUUAAGGUGACAAAUGUUGACGAUGAGGGCAACGAGCUGGGCUCGGGGAUCAUGGAGUUGACACAGAGGGAGCUUCUUUUGCACACACACAAACGCGAUGCUGUUCGGUGGCCAUACCUUUGUUUGCGUCGCUACGGCUAUGACUCCAACCUCUUCUCUUUUGAGAGUGGGCGUCGCUGCCUGACUGGACAGGGAAUUUUUGCAUUCAAGUGCUCAAGAGCAGAGGAGAUUUUUAACCUGCUUCAGGAGCUGAUGCAGUGUAACAGUAUCAAUGUGGUGGAAGAACCUGUUGUCAUCACGAGAAACAGUCAUGCUGCUGCUGCUGAACUGGAACUGCCCCGGACACCCCAGACACCCAAUACUCUAGGAUAUACAGUUUCAGGGUUUCCCAAUGGAUUCCACAGCUUCCCUGGGGAGGCCUCAUCUUAUCCAGCAGCCAGACAUGCCUCCGUGAGCAGCCUAAGGCAUUCUUCAGUUGGUGAGGACUCCACACAUGCCCUCAUCCUCCCUGAUGAGCAAUCCCACACCUAUGUGAACACAGCCAGUGGUGAGGAGGAGAUGAGGGGCCGCCACUGUAUGCAUUCCUUACCUGAAGUCCACCCUCCGGUUUCCCAUACCAACCAUAGCUGCUCCCUGGAAGACCGGAACCCCCAGGUUUACUUACAGCCAGGGGAGGUGAAGUUUGUGUUGGGCCCUGCCCCUGGAUAUAGGCACAUGAUGAAAUGUGAUGGUUUCUGCCGGCCCCAUUGGGAGUGCGGAGGGCAUAUUUGCACUCCUAACAACAACAACAAUGAAUGCAAAACUGAAUGCCUCGCCCCCAAGUAUGUGUAUGAGAACAUCAAUGGCCUCCUGCCAUCUCGAGGCACCUUGCUUCGUCGGGGCAGCAGGCGCUUGAAAAUAGCCCGUGAGGAUCUGAAUCCCCCCAGCUGCUCUCACCGCCGGACCACCCUACUGCACUAUGAGAAUCUGCCUUCACUGCCACCUGUAUGGGAGUGCCAGCCACUGAGGCACGACCAGGAUGAGGAGGACUCUGGUGAUGCAAUGACACCUUCCCCCAACAGUUAUCCUGAGCUUGAGGAGGAUGAUCCUUUACAAAACUACAUGAACUCAGAAAGUGCUGUGCUGCAUGGGCAGCUGGGUAGGGGGGGUUGCCUACAACGGCGCCGCAGUUGUACACCCAGCGUCUUCAAUUUCGACUUCCGUCAGCCCUGUUUAGAGCAGCCAAGGCAGCUCAACUAUAUCCAGGUGGAACUGGAGGAUGACUCCCACAAAGGGUGCCAAAGCACACCAGUCCCCUGUGCACCACGUUCUGCUGCCCACACAGCCCGCAGGACAGAUUCCUAUGCAGUCAUUGACCUUAAAAAGACAGCAGCUAUGUCCAACUUGCAGAGGGCACUGCCUAGAGACGAUGGGACUUCCAGGAAAACACGGCAUAACAGCACUGACCUGCCUCUGUAAGAGGAAUGCCCAACCCAAGCACCGCCUUGUGGCUUCAUACCUGCUCUUCAACUAACCAUAUAGUAUAAUUGCCAUCUUCCCAUUGUGCUCCCUGUUUCUCAGUGUCACUCAGUGGAAUAGCUCCAUCAAGCUAACAUGAGAAAUGUAGCCUAUUUGUGCCUCCUCCCAACCCCCAUUUCUCCCACCCUGUAGUUUUUGAAAAGUCUUGCCAAGUGGUUGAAAGCCUCGUUUGAUAGCACAGAGGGUAACAUUAGUGAUGCUACCUAUUUUUCCCUGUCUGCCCCUUUAUACAGGAAUCAUGUUUGGAAAGCCUUCCUUCCCAUUUUCUUGGGAUCUCCUCUUGAGGGCCCUAUGGAUAGAAUGUGUGGGGUUUGACAAAUAUAGAAACAUUACAAAGGAAGGAGCAAAAACAACCACAAUCCUCCAAAAUACUAAUGGUACAGAUAGAGCCUUAGGGUUAGGGAGCACUCAAUUUAUCCCUUGUUUAUUUUCUAAGGAAUGCAUAAAUAUAUUUAUUUUUAAAAGUCAUGUUAUUUUUUUAUUUUUAUUUUUCGGGGGUCCCCAUUUAUUUAUUUAUUUAUUUAUUUUAUGUCAGAGUUAAAGUGCAAAGCAAAAUGUAAAGUAUAACAGCUUUGUUGGUUCUCCUUUUGCGACAGUGAAGAAGGAUGUUGGAUCCAUUCCAAUUGAUAUGACUGUGCCUGUUGAAGGUCAAAUAGUGGCAGUAAGGAGGAAGGGGAUUCAGUCUGGUAGACCAGCAUGAAUCCUCUGCAAUAGUUUGAAAACGAACACAAGAAUGACUCUAGCACUGUGUACUUACAAAGAAGGCUCUACAUGUAGACAAAACCAGUCUCCUGGCUCAAGUUCCUUUCUUCUUGUUGCAUGUAUCACUCAUAAUGCACAUCGCUCCACCCUGGCAACAAAAAGAACUAUGGAACUAUACAUCGCCAUCCCCGGACAAAGCCCCUAAUGGACCUUUCAUCAGCCACUGCCUAGUAGUCUGGUAGAAUCUUUCUGAGAAGCCAGCCUUUUUAUAGUAUCAGUGCUAGGAAGGGAUGUGGAUUUAGGUGUAGCUUGCUCUUUUCCUGGUGUUCUUUGGAGCUUCUCUCCCUCCAUCUUGCCCUGUUGUAUCCAGCCCUCAAUUCCAACAGCCUUAUCACACACAUUGUGCUUCUUUGAAUAUUCUGGUGGAUCCCAGCCUGCCUUUUGUGAAUAAUCAGCUUGAUGUCUGAAUAGAACUUUCUGCAUAACCUUAUUGACGGCUUUGUUUAACUGCUGCUGCCAGAGUGGCUUAGACUAAAAAUCACCCUACAAUAGGGAAUGUGCUCAUGGCAAUUUCUUUGUGCUGCUGCAAUUCUGCUCUCAGAGGUGGCUAUUCCAAGAAAAAUUGCAGCAGUUUUACUGUCCAGAGAAGCGGCUCAGCUUUAUGGACUUUGUGUCAUUGAAACUACUGAAGAAACUCAGCAUGUCUGAAGUAAGCCUUUACAGAAUUAGGAAUCCUCUUGGUAGCAGGUUUUGAUCUCCUUGCUCUCUUCCCCAGGGAGGGAUGAUAUCUCCUUGUCUUGUUGACAGUAGGAAUGUAGAUGCACUACUGUGCAAUGAAGGUCUUGGGGUUUUGUCACCUCUAAGUUACACCAACCGAUUUUUGUGCUUUUUUUUUUAAGAAAAAAGUUUCCGUUUCAUCUGUUGAUGCGUUUUAGAUUUCUAAUCCAGCCCACCCCAAGGAUUCCAGAUGUGUAGUAGUACAUGAAAUAAUAAGUUCCAUGAAACCAAUAAUAGAAAAAACAACCCAAUGGUGGUGAAUUAUAUGCUGUGCUCCGUGCAUGUUUUAUCCCAAUCAUUAAAAUCCCACCCAAACAAGAAGGUAUUAUAAAACUUUUGGAAACCACUCAAACCUGGACGUUGGUAUGUUUCAUGGGUAGUUUUUCUCAACCUCUGUAUUGCAGACCACUAUUCUGACUUAUUUUUUCUUUGUGAAUAUUUCCAUGUUCAGGGGAAAGGGCCAUAGCUCAGUUGUAGAACGUAUGCUUUGAAUGCAAAAGUCCCCAGGUUCAAUCACUGGCAUCUCCAAGUAGGCUGGGAAAGACCCCUGCCUGAAACCCUGGAGAGCCACUACUAGCCAGUGUCGACAAUUCUGAGCCAGAUGGACCUAUGGCCUGAAGGUAUAAGGCUACUUCCUGGGUUCCUGUUAUCCUACAGCUUCCAUGUGGGAGGCUGUGUGAAAGGCUUAUAAAUUAAAGCUCUGCUUGCUCACUCCUUUGCAGCUGUAUUAUGUACCUCAACCCAAAGAUAAAAAUGUGCGAAGUGAAAGGAAAACAUUGUUAGGAAGUGGGCAGAUAGAGCAUAUGUUGGCUCAUGAACAUGUUUCUUGGCAGCUAUUGUUCCCCUCCUCAUCUCCUACUAACAUGUCUUCUCUCCUUUCCUCCCCUUAUAUGAACGCAGCGAGUGGAGAUGUUUGUCAGUCAUUGGGACUGAUUUUUACGUCACAACUGCCAUGUUAGAGGGUACCUGCAAGGCUUGCAAUCUUUUUUCUUAAAACACUUCAAUGCAAAAUUUGUUUGUUUUUAAGGUGAGGGUAUAGCUUUCAAUAGUCUUUUUUCUUACCUUAUUUUGUGUCAUCGCAUUGUUGAAUAUGGUAUGAGAAAGUGAACAAGGAAACAAAAUGGAGAUCAGUGAGUGCUUUUUUUCCUUGUUUGUUCUUGCUGGGGAAUGACUGUAUCUCCAGCCUGCUCUGCAUUUGCAGGGUCCUACAUUCAGUCCUCAGCAUGUUCAGGUAGCGCUGGGAAAGACUCCUGUCUGAAAACCUGGAGACCCACUACCAGACAAUAUACUGAGCUAGGUGUACCCAUGCCCUGACGUAAUCUAAGACAGCUUAUGUUCCUAUGUAGUAUACUAUUUUCAAGCUUUAAAAGAUUGGUACACUUAUUCUAACCAUUUACCUUGGCUUAUAAAACUUAAUUUUGCUUAGUCAACAGUGCCCUUCUAAGUGCUGUGUCACAAAUAUAGCGGGAGUUGAUUAGCAGAUGUUACAGAAAGGUGGCAUUUCAUGAUGAUUAGACUGUAUCUCUGUUGUUCUCUCUUGUCAUACAGUGCCUAAUGAAAGCCUUUUAAAACUAGUAGAACAAUUUCCUCUGUCUUCUACUUAUUUUGCACUGAGUCAAUGUGAAUGCAUUAUUCACCUGUCUCAAGCCAUUGUGAGCUAUAUUCAAUACCCAUGAUCCAUUCAUUGGUGUAAGUGGCCCUGGCAUCAGGUUUUACCUGAUGAAUUCACAUGCUGUUACUGUGGAGCAUGACCUAUAGAUUUGUUUAGAACUAAGUAGUGGACCGAUUGGCACAAAUCCAGAGUAGUAAAUCAAGCUCUCAAAUAGCAUUUAACCACAACACAGUAUUGAAGGCAAGUCAAGCUGUCUGCAGCAAAUCUUUUGGUCUGACUUGUAUAGUCAGUUCACAUAGAGAAUGAUUGCCUUUGCUUCCUCAGAUCUAAUGGAACUUGAGGAGAAACUAAUUAUAAAAUAACAUUGUUUAAGAAGGAAUGAUUAUGGAGUAUGGCUACUAGAUAAUUAUAAAAGAGGGAAUCUCCCUGGUUUCUAUCCUAGUUUAUGUUUACUCUGUGGAAUUUGCUAAAAAUAGUUGAGGAUUGGAAGGGGUAUCUUUAAAUUUCCCAUAUGUUUUAGAACCCUUAUGGGACAAUGGCUAGAGCUAUCCAGCACUAUCUCACAUUCAUGGGAGUAAAACCUUGUUUUUGAAAUCUUAUUCUCUCCAAAUUGGGGGACUUAACUCCCAGUCUGGGGGUCAGUUCAGCCCCCUCCCCAUGCAAUUUGAUUUGCCCCCAAAGCCCCCCAAAUGUUUAUUUAUUAACACUAGUAGGGAUUUUUUUUUAAGUAGACAGUGCUGGGAUGGGUGGAGGGGUCUAAACUUGUCCACCCUGGCCAGCCCCUUAAUGGGGAUGCAAAUUGCUCCUUUUCUGGACAUGAGAUCAAUCAUUUCAUAAGCAAGGAGGGGUCAGUAACUCCUCGCCUUAGCUAAUUUGCACAGAGCUACUGAGGAGAACGGUCUGUGACCCUCUGUAUAUGGGUAGGUGGCUUGUAAGUAUGUGGAUGUCUAGAUUCCUUGUUGCAUGGCAGCAAGACACACAAAAUAUGCACGGACCAGUUUUUUUUUUUUUAAACCUAAUAAAGCGCUAGGGGCAUCUGAUUACCUUCAGCAUGGUUAAAGCAGGUGCAAAGGUUAGUAUUCACCCAGUAGUGUAACUAGCUUUUCAUGUGCACUGUGCAAGGUUUUAUUUUUGGGCCCCUUAAUUUUUUUGGGGGGAAAAAUAAUAAUAAAACAAAUACGAUAUAACAAUUGUUUAUACAUAAUUUUCAUUUCAGCAAAUCCAUUUCAGGGCCCCCUUCGUCCUGGGCCCUGUGCCUGUGCACCUGUUGCACCUGCCUAGUUACGGCACUGUAUUCACCUAUCCUCUAGAGCAGUGGUUCUCAAACUUUUUUGGUUCGCGGCGCACUGUAAAACAUAUAAUAAUUUUCUGGCGCACUUCGUGUACAAAAUUAAAAAUGUAUUAAUAUAUUUUAAACUAUGAAUAAAAAUAAAUUAUAGAAAACUAUUACUUACCCUAUACAAAUGGGUUUCUUCUCAUUUUUAAAAUAUACUUUCAUAAUAUUUGAGGCACACCUAGCCACCUCUUAGGGCGCACCAGUGUGCCUGGGCAUACCGUUUGAGAAUCACUGCUCUAGAGACACUGACUAAAUCAGCUGCAAUGAAACAGGUGGAAUGGGCUGCCACCUAGUGUUGUCUUUUAGAAGUGUAUGCCCCUUGUUAACUCUUCCCAAUAGUCUUUUAUUUUAUUACUUUUUGGUAGAUCUCCAAGCACUGUUUGCACAGCCAUCAACCCAAUGGAAGGCGCUGCUCUUCUAGCCUUUUUGACCAGAGGUGCAAGGGAUACCAGUCCCCCCCCAAUAGAGAUUCUGUUAAUUGGUCCAUAAUGAGCACGAAUUUGACAGGUGCUGCUUCCUGCAUUAUAGAGAUGUAGUGAUGGAGAAUGCUACACAUGUGGGAUAUCUGCCUGUCAUAGAGCUGUUUGAGACAGGAUCCUUGUCUGAAAAAAGAGAAGAAAGGGUGACAACUCUAAAGAGAUAUUAAAUUGAUCCUUUGUCUUACAAUAAUUCUCUAAGCUACAGCUGGGAUCUUUCUACUCUUCCACCUCAGCCUGGAACAUGUAAUGAAGACUCUUGGCACUCUAUUUAAUAUAAACUAGGACAAACGACAUCUGAGGUGCUUCAGUUCAGCCCUUGAUCAACUUUCCCAGCAUGAAACUAGAGAUGCACUUGAUUCUAGUAGUCUUCAUCCUAUCUAGCUGAUGACACACACAAAAAACACUUUCCUUGUUUCCUAAACUUUUUUCUGUUUUGGUUUUCAUGCAGUGGGUUGUUUUUUACCUUUUGAUUUGCAUCUUUUGCCUUGCUUUUAAACAAACUUCACAAAAUUCUGGUUCAAGGAUAUGAAUGGAACAUAUUUUUCUCUCUCAUUUGCUAAACCUGCCAUGUUAGCCUUAGUAACAAAGCAAGCAAAACAAAAGGCCUUUUUUUUUUUGUAAACCAGUUGCUGCCCCAUCUCUGGAUACCAGGUGCUUAGCAUUCUAAGUGGGUAUUUACUUGCUUUUAUAGCCUUGUCUGGUGCUAACAAAGACAGUUUAGUUCAACAAGAUGAUUUUGUUAGCUACCAAGGCAAUGUUCUUUUCUGGAUUAGCUUAGAUCACCACUUUCCCCCUCCCACCUCCCUGAAACCCCAUGCUUUUAACAAUAGUGUGGCAGGCAUUUUUUUCAGUACAUUUAUGGUGAUGCAGUAAUGUGGAAAGCUGCACUUAUUUAUUGCCUCCUGCACAGCUACUGAAUGUGCCAAGUCUCUCUGGGUGGGGUGGGUAAGGGAAAGUAAAAUGACAACCUUAAAUUGCUUAUGGGUAUGACUCCUGUGAUCUCAUACCCAUGUUAAUCUGCAUAGUCUGUAUCAACUUUGGUUUUCAGUGGGGAAAGGACAAUCUCUAUCCUAGGGAAGUUCCCUCCUAGCUCCAUAUCUUUCAAACUUUUCUUAGCUUUUCAGUGUUGAAACAUUAAAAGAUGUUUAUCCCCCUCCCUUGGGUAGUAAAAAUCAGCAUUUAGAUUAUCUCUUGAGCAGAUUGAGGAGUCUAAGUGGGUAUGUCUGUACAAUGUACACAUCAUUUCUCAUGAAGCUGGAGCAGGAACUGCAAGUUGUGCAGUUGAGUAAUGGUUGUACCUACCCACUUCACUGGGGCAUUAUGAAGAUUAACUAUUGUUUACAAAGGGUUUGAAUGACAUAAGUGCCAAGAAUCAUUACUAUUAAAGUCACUUUACAGUAAAAUAUAAUCUCUGUUUGGUUGUUACUUUUGUUUUACAUCGUGUGAAAGGGCUGUCUACAUACCUCUCAUUCUCAAUGUACUCUGCAUUGCCCCACCGCGGGUGUAUCUGUAGCUCUUGGUUGGGGAAUCAUCUUGCCCCUUGUGGAAGAAGGGAUGGAUUUUAUAAUUUGUAUUCUUAAAUUUUCUUAAUACUUCCCCCAACUAUUUUGCAUAUGUCUUCAUGUGGCUUGUUGGCUCAUUCUGAAUUCACUGGAUUGCAUAAAACGGGUCAGAGCUGCCUUUUAACAGUUAUGUCAGUGACACAAGGUGCCAUUUUCUUUCACUCCAGUGGUAAGAGAACCUACAUCUGCUGGUAUUUUCCCUUUUAUGCAGGCAUUAAAAGUGCAGGAGUGCUGUUCUCUAUGAAGUGUGACCACCUUAUCACUGUGUCCUCUUCAGGAACUUUAAGCUCUGGACUUCUAUGAAAAUAUUCUAAAUUUGCACAGCUACCUUAAAGGAAGGAAUCUAUAUAAUUAAGCUGGAGAGGUUACCAGAUUGGGAAGUGAGCCAUUGACUAAGUGGGUAGGUGUACAGAGUGGGAAGGAAUCUGGUUACAUAAAGGGGAUCCCAUUUCCUCUGGAAGCAAUUCAUUUUGAAAAGCCCAGCUUUAGCUAGGCAGAUCGCAAUGUCUUACCCUGUCCAGAUUUCUUCAUAGUUAACAAGUACUGAUGUCUUUCCUGAUGAUCUCUGAUGUGGCAGGAAAGCAAAGACACUUGGGGAUGCCCAGCUUCUCUUGCCAUAAAAGUUACUCUGUAAUUUCUUUCUCCGGUUCCUGCUGUGUGUCCUCUGUUUAUUCCCUCUUUGUAUUUCAUCCAAGUGUAGCCUUCAAAGCAAAGAGCAUUAGCAGUGCCAUGUGACUGAGGAGCACUCGUGUCUUAUUUUAA